GAGAGUAUAGGGGGCGGGGACUGGAGAGUAAAGGGGGCGGGGACUUGGCGAGUGUUGGAUGCUGGAGAGUGGUUCUGAUACACAGCAACAGUUACCACAAUGGACGACCCUGAAGAUUGCAAUGUUGCUGCUACAAUGGGCUUCUCUGGGUUUGGAAGGAAAGCUCGGACGUUUGACUUGGAAGCCAUGUUUGAACAAACUCGUAGAACUGCUGUGGAGAGAAGUAAAAAAACAUUUGAAUCCAGAGAAAAAGAAGAGGAGUCAAAAAAACGAGAGGAUGAAGCUGGUCCUGGAUCCAAGAAUGUGGCAUCUAGCUCUCGGGUGACAUCUGCUGACUCCAGUUCAAGUGACUCGGAAGACAGUUCAGAUGAUGAGAUUGUUGGACCUCCCCUUCCUCCGGGUUUCAAAGAUAGUGACGAGGAUGAUGAAGAGGAUGAUGACGAUGAUGAUGACAAUCCUGUUAAAAGCAUUCCAGAUUCACAUGAAAUUACACUGCAGCAUGGCUCCAAAACUGUAUCUGCAUUGGGGUUGGACCCUUCUGGUGCCCGUCUGGUGACAGGAGGUUAUGACUAUGAUGUGAAGUUUUGGGAUUUUGCUGGGAUGGAUGGAUCUCUACAAGCAUUUCGCUCACAUCAGCCAUGUGACUGUCAUCAGAUCAAGUCUCUGCAGUACAGCAUUACCGGAGAUGUCAUUCUUGUGGUGGCUGGAAACUCACAGGCGAAAGUGCUGGACAGAGAUGGCUUCCCUGUAAUGGAGUGUGUUAAGGGAGACCAGUAUAUUGUGGACAUGGCAAACACCAAAGGACAUUGUGCUAUGCUUAAUGGGGGGUGCUGGCAUCCAAAAAUUAAGGAUGAGUUUCUAACCUGCUCCAAUGAUGGCACUGUGCGGACGUGGGACAUGUCCAGUGAUAAGAAGCAUAAAAGCAUCUUUAAACCAAGAUCUGCGCAGGGAAAACGCGUGAUCCCAACAUGUGCCACCUACAAUAGAGAUGGCAAGUUGAUAGCUGCAGGAUGCCAGGACGGCAGCAUACAGAUCUGGGACAGAAAUAUGAGCGUUCACACAAAAUUUCACUGCAAACAGGCUCACUCACCAAGUACAGAUACUUCCUGUAUUGUUUUCUCCUAUGGCGGCACCAUCAUUGCUACACGAGGAGGGGAUGAUACACUUAAAACAUGGGACAUUAGGAACUUUAGGAAUCCUAUCCACAUGGUGAACGGCUUGUCCAACUACUUCCCAAUGUCAGACUGUUGUUUUAGCCCAGACGAUAAACUCCUUAUUACUGGAACUUCAGUCAAGAAAGGAGAAGGUAGUGGCAAGCUUUUAUUCUUUGACCUGGUGGAUUUCAAGAAAGUUUAUGAAAUUCCAGUCACAGAUGCUAGUGUUAUUAGAUGCCUGUGGCAUCCCAAGCUCAAUCAAAUAAUGGUUGGAACCGGGAAUGGACUUGCAAAAGUAUAUUACGAUCCAGUACAGAGUCAAAGGGGAGCAAAAUUGUGCGUGGUUAAGACACAAAGGAAAGCACGUCAAGCUGGGACCCUUACCCAGGAUUACAUUAUCACACCACACGCUCUUCCAAUGUUCAGAGAACCUCGGCAGAGGAGUACAAGGAAACAGCUGGAGAAGGAUAGGCUGGAUCCGGUGAAAUCUCAUAAACCAGAGCCUCCGGUAGCUGGACCAGGUCGUGGUGGGCGUGUGGGCACUCACGGAGGAACCCUGUCCUCCUUCAUUGUGAAAAACAUUGCUCUGGAUAAGACCGAUGACAGUAACCCAAGGGAAGCCAUCCUUCGUCAUGCCAAAGAGGCAGAACAGAACCCAUACUGGGUUGCACCAGCGUAUUCUACGACGCAGCCCAAUGCCGUGUUUGCCGAGGUGGACUCUGAAGAAGACGAACCAGACAACGAGCCAGACUGGAAAAAGCGUAAAAUCUAAAGAUGAAAUGAAACCUAGCCAUUGACGGUCUAAUUGUUACAAAUGAUUCCAGCGUGUACCAUUAGGAAAUAACUUCCCUUUUAUUUAAAAAAAUAAACUCAUUUAAUAAAAA